AUGCCGGUGCCUGCAGUGCCCGAAAACAUUUCCAAUGGACCUGUCGCGAAGCGGCAGAAGCUCCAGGCUGGCAGUGAAACAAGUGGCACCACUGUUGUGCGCAAAUCAAAGAUCUUUGCGCCGUUUCGAACUGUUGGCCUAGUGUCUCCGACAGAUGUUCCUUUCGCAUCAAUUCCACUCGGAAAAGCAACAUUCCAAAUCACUACCUCGGUUGGCAGAUCGCUGCAGACGUACGACUUGCGACGCGGAUUAAACCUCGUGUUUAUCACACGCCCUCAGACUCCCGAAAACAUCACAGCCACUCUGGCAUGGAAGAAGGUGGUAUUGGCAGCAUGGGGUGGUCCAGAUGCACAGUCUACUAGGGGCAUCUGGGUAUUCCAGCGUGGCAAAAAGAUUAACGAGCUGGAACUACCGCGAGGGCUCGACGAGAACAUUACGCGCCUCAUUGCUUUCGGAGAAUGGAUCAUAGGAUGUGGUGCUACCAGAAUUGAAGUAUGGAAAUCGGCUACGCUGGAGCACUACACCACGCUGCAGGGCGCAUCGUCUAGUGCUCUUUCGGGUUGCUUCUGCAACAUGCCGACCUACUUGAACAAGAUAUUUGUGGGAAGAGAAGACGGAUCUGUUGAGAUUUGGAACGUCAACACUGGCAAAUUACUGUACACACUCCUACCGCCCGCGGCCGACUGGGGCUCUGUAACCGCGCUGCAGCCGACACCUGCGUUGUCACUCCUCGCGAUCGCAUACGAAUCGGGCCCGUUGUGCAUUCACGACGUCAGAGCCGAUAAAGAGGUGAUGCGCCUGAACCUGGGGUCCUCGAAGAAGACACACAUCACCUCUAUAUCAUUCAGGACGGAUGGUCUCGGGGCCGGAGAAGAUGGCCGGAAAUCUGGUGUAAUGGCAACGGCGAGCAGGUACAGCAGCGACGUCACAUUCUGGGACCUCAACGACAAAGGUCGCAAGAUGGGUACUUUACAUGGUGCGCAUAAUCCUCCUCCUUCGGCUAACGGAAGCGUCGGCGGCGGUAUCAGCAAAGUAGAAUUCUUGGUAGGCCAAUCUGUGAUCGUUUCGAGUGGGCUGGACAAUACUUUGAAGAGCUGGAUAUUCGAUGAAACCCUUUUCUCGCCAACACCGCGAAUCCUGCACUCACGUGGUGGACACGCUGCGCCUGUUUCUUCCUUGAAGUUUUUGCCAUCAAGCUCCAAUGGUGCGGACGAUGUCGGGAAGUGGUUAUUGAGUGCGAGCCAGGACCGAAGCUUGUGGGGUUGGAGUUUGCGAAGGGACGGCCAAAGCACUGAACUCAGUCAAGGCGCCGUGCAGAAGAAAGCAAAGAAAACAGGACUUCUCAAGGGUGGCGCUAAAGAUCCCAGGCUGCAUGGCGCCUUCGAAAACCUCAAGGCGCCUGCAAUCACCUGUAUGGCAUGCUCUCUCAACCGUGACGGUGGCAUGGGAGCAAUGCCUGGCGUUACGGGAAUUUGGAAUAAUUCUUCCAAAGUGAAAGGAGAGAAGGGCACGCCUGAGGUGAACAUGGCCGGGUGGGAAAGCAUCGUGACGGGUCAUGCAGGAGAUAAGAAGGCAAGAACUUGGUUCUGGGGUCGCAAAAGAGCGGGCAGAUGGGCUUUUAGUACUGGUGACGAUACUGCAGUGACGAGUGUGGCCAUCUCCCCGUGCGGCACUUUCGCAGUGAUCGGAUCCGCUGGUGGCGCGAUCGACAUGUACAACCUCCAAUCGGGUCAGCACCGACGGAGGUUUCCAUCGCGACUGACGCCGGUUGAGGCUAAGAAACUCAAGCUCGAACGACUUCAGAGGGAGGAGGAUUCUCUUGACAUGGACUCUUCAGCGACGAGAAAAUUCAAUAAAGGUGAAGGGCGCCACAAGGGAGCCAUCACUGGUCUGACAGUAGAUGGACUGAAUCGAGUCGUUGUCAGCUGUAGCGAUGACGGUAAAGUGAAGUUCUGGAACUUUACGACAGGCAUCCUCCAACACGAACUCGACUGGUACCCAAUGACCAAGAUUCUUGGCCUUCGGUACCACAACAACAGCGAUCUGGUCGCGAUGAACUGUGACGAUGGAUCUAUCAGGGUCGUGGACAUUGAGACAAAGAAGCUCGUCCGUGAGCUGUGGGCGUCGCGAUCACAUGCAGAUCUGCAGAUUAUCGACUACACGUUUUCUAACGAUGGGCGAUGGAUAUUAGCAGCGACUUCCGACUCCACGGUCCGGGUCUGGGACCUGCCCACCGGCCAUCUAAUUGACGCGAUGAAGCUGCCCGGGACAUGUACCGCGGUCUCUUUCUCGCCUUCUGGGGAGUAUCUCGCCACUGCUCUUGACGGAGAAGUAGGAGUACACAUCUGGACAAAUCGGACUCUUUUCACACACGUGUCGACACGACAGAUAUCAGAGGAUGAGGUAGCUAUCAUGAGUGCGCCCACGGCCUCGGGCGAAGGCGGCGAAGAUCUAGUGGAUGCUGCUGCCGAGGAAGAAGACGAAGAAGACGAAGAUGAAAUUGCCGUGCCUAUCAUGGAUCAGUUGAGCGAGGGUAUCACGACACUCAGUCUGGUCCCGAAAGCGCGAUGGCAGACAUUGCUCCAUCUCGAUGUCAUACGCGCGCGCAACAAGCCCAAGGAAGCGCCAAAGGCUCCCGAGAAAGCGCCUUUCUUCCUACCAUCUACGUCGCAGUCAGACGCGAACAAGGCCGCGAAUGCUCUUGUCACGACAGACGUCGAGCCAACAUCACGCAUCUCGAGCUCGACGCUUGCCUCGCGGUCACGGGGUGCGACAGCUACGAGUGAAUUUACGCGCCACCUUGCCCAGGCAGCAGAUACAUCCGACCAUGCUCCUGUGCUUGCGCAUCUCUCGUCACUGACUCCUUCAGCAGCGGACAUGGCGAUACGUACCCUUGAUACGACGCCGCCCUACGAUGAGCUGCGUACGUUCAUCGAAGCCCUAACAGGCAGGUUGAAGGAGCGGAGGGACUACGAGCUGGUGCAAGCAUGGAUGAGUGUCUUCUUGCGACUACAUGGUGAUGUGGUCGUUCAGGACGAGCAGCUUGUAGGAUUGCUGAGGAAGUGGCAGGAAGAGGCGAAGAGAGAGAGGGAGAGAGUGGGAGGGCUGGUGGGCUACUCGGUUGGUGUAGUGGGAUGGGUUAGGAGUGCGAGAUGA